CUACCUUCAUCCCACUCACCCCCUCUCCCCAACAACCAUUCAAUUGCAGCUCCCACCUACACCAUGGGUAUUCUCAAACGCGUCGCCAAGAUCACCACCAUCGGCGCUGGCGUCGGCACGGCAUUCUUCUUCGCAGCCGUCCGUCACAACACCUUCGUGCCGAUGCCCACAAGCGACCCUCUCUUCCAGCACCCACUGUACCAGAAACUCAAUCCCAACAACAACCCCACAACCCAUGACCUCUGUGUGCGUCGCGUACCGCUCAAGGACAUCAAGCCCGCCUUGCUGGAAAAGCCAGGCCGACUGACCGAGGCGUUUUGCGCCGGUGUGUGGAGUGGAUUCGGAUACGCCUACCAACGCCGCUACCUCUCUAAGAAAUACGAAGGCCCCGAAACCGCAUCUCACCUCUGGACGCGCGCGGAUCUACGCGCCGCGACAUACGACGUGGGCACGCUGAUCACAGAUCACUUCGAAGUGGUAGAAAAGACGCCGGAGCGGAUUGUCGUGCGGUGCGGAGAUUCCCCCCGCAAGAAGGACGUGCGGGAAUCGGAUGGACUGUUUGAGAUUUCGACGGAGGUCAAGCCCCAGGAGGGAGUUGCGGAGUUCCGACUCAAGAGUCUCUUUUUCCAAGGCAAGGGGAAGGCGGAGAGUGAGCCGAUGCCCUCGCAUGUGGUCUGGUUGCAUCAGCAGUAUACGAAAUUGUGGUUGGAGACGGCGUUGGGAAAUAUUUGGCGGUGAUUUAUUUAUACCUGAGGGAUGGAGGUAUUUGUAGUGUUGGAUGGGCAUCUAAUAGAUCAGUUGCCUCAUAUAUUAAUUCGAUGGAGACUCGCACCUAGCUGUCUACUGACCUGUCACGCCCAGGCUACUGCAGCCUAAAACCCAAGUAGUGCAUACUGAACAUGAAC